UGGCGGGUUAUUGAAAAUUUGUAAACAUAAGACGAUUAGUAAUUAUUGUAUGCACCAAGCGAGCUUCGUAUCUAGCAAGAGUGUCAAUAAUGAUGAAUUCCAAGAUUUAGCUACAUACAAAAUUCUCAAACUAUUAUUGACUCAGACUGAUCAAUAUCCAUUAAACAGCGUUCUUGACAUUCCUCCAUUGUGAAAUGUGCUUGAAGAAUUGACAUGUGUCUUGUCAAUGAGGUGUUCGAAACAUCUCCCCUUAUACAUUUGGUGGGGUGAUCUGACUUAUUGUGAUCAAAGACAUGUCUACUUGGAUUGCAUUUGUUAGACCUGAACAUCAUGCAUAUAUACAAUGACACUAUUACCACCUGUGUUAGUGUUGUUUGCGGAAAAUUCUUGACAUAUAUUCAAGAUGGACAUAUCAGUUAGCAUAUUAAACAAUGAACAGCAAGCAGAAAACCCUUUUUCAAAGCUGGGGUAACCAUGGUAACAGACAAUCUUCUCAAAAGCAGGCAUCAAAUACAAAAGCCUCCUUGCACACUUCAAGUGUUGGUGGUCAUGGUGAUGUGAUUGACCUGUGUGAUGAGGACCUUGAUGAAGAUGAUGCCCUGCUUAUUCAGGCUUUGGAUGAAAGCAUACAGACUGCAAACAUAAAUGGUUUUACCUGCGGUGAACAUGGUGACAAACCCAAUAUUUCAAGCAAGUAUCCACAGAGUAGCGUUCCUUUCUCAAAGGCCAAUACUUCAAUCAGAUCAUCAUCAUCAUCAUCAUCAUCAUCCAGAUUGUUCAACACAUGUCACAAGGCUACAGCAGUGCAGGGCAACAAUGAAUCAGUUGAAGAGGGAAACUUGUCUGUUGGAACAGAGAAAAUUGAUGUCCAUGUUCCACCCAGCUCUGUCUCACUGUCACACAUACCAGAUCUGCCAGGGUUUGACAAGCAAGCCGGCCAAUUGUGGAUCUACCCAACCAACUACCAAGUCCGAGACUACCAGUUCAACAUUGUCCAGCAGUGUCUGUACAACAAUACUCUGGUCACCUUGCCGACAGGCCUGGGGAAAACUUUCAUAGCUGCUGUUGUCAUGUACAACUAUUACCGAUGGUACCCACAGUGCAAGAUAGUAUUCAUGGCCCCAACCAAGCCCCUGGUAGCUCAACAGAUCCAUGCCUGUUAUAACAUUAUGGGCAUACCCCCAGAGGACACUGCUGAGAUGACAGGCAACAUGAACCCAGCAGAGAGGCGGAGGACAUGGAAGGAGAAACGUGUGUUCUUUCUCACCCCUCAAGUCAUAACCAAUGACCUGAGUCGGGGCACCUGCCCCGCUGACACUGUUAAGUGUCUAGUCAUUGAUGAGGCGCACAAGGCACUUGGAAACCAUGCUUAUUGUCAGGUUGUGAGGGAAUUGGUGAAAUAUACAAGGGAAUUUCGGGUUGUAGCUCUCAGUGCUACCCCUGGAAGUGAUCUCAAGGCUGUGCAGCAAGUCAUCACAAACCUGCUCCUGUCACACAUUGAACUGAGGACGGAACAGUGUAUUGACAUCAAGCCUUACACUCAUGAGAGGAAGGUGGAGAAGAUUGUGGUAGCACUUGGGGAAGAACUUUUAAUGAUACAGAAGAAGUACAUACAGGUGAUGAGUGUAGUGGUCAAGCGUUUGACCCAUCAGCAAGUUCUCUACAGCCAGCGGGAGGUGACAAGUCUCUCCAAGUUCUUUAUACUGAAAGCAAGGGAGGCAUUCCGACAAAACCCUCCUCCAAGUAUGCCUAGCCAUCAGUAUGGUGUGGUUGAGGGUGACUUUGCCCUGGCUCUCAGCCUCUACCAUGGUUAUGAACUGCUGCAACUGCAUGGUCUCCGGUCUCUCUACAACUUCCUGGAUGGAAUCAUCAACGGGGAUAAAGGUUAUGGUCGUACCAAAACAGAACUCAUGAAGAAUGGGAACUUCCUGGAAAUCAUGGACAUCCUUAAAACAAAGUAUGCUGCAGAUGACAGUUCAUGGAGCAGUACCCAGAAGAAGGCCAGCUAUGUGUCAGGUCACCCCAAGAUGAAGAAGCUGGAGCAGGUCGCCCUGGAACACUUCAAUACAUCACACCAGGCCACUCGUGUGAUGAUCUUCUCCCAGUACCGUGACAGUGUCCAGGAAAUCACAGACAUGUUGAACCUUCACAGACCCAUGAUAAUGGCCAUAAGCUUCAUAGGACAGUCAUCUACAGGGAAAUCAACCAAGGGAUUCACUCAGAAAGAACAGCUUAAAGUAAUGAAAGCGUUUCGAGAAGGUGGAUACAACACUUUAGUGUCCACAUGUGUUGGUGAAGAAGGCCUUGACAUCGGGGAUGUGGACUUGAUUAUCUGCUUCGAUGCACACAAGUCUCCAAUCCGCCUGGUGCAGAGAAUGGGGCGUACAGGGAGGAAGAGACAAGGGCGCAUAGUUAUGCUGGUCACUGCAGGCAAGGAGGAACAGGUUUACAACCAGAGCCAGUACUCUAAGCGUAGUAUUCACAAAGGCAUCCUUAAUGGAGCACGAUCUUUGCAUCUGUACCCAAAUAAUCCCCGAAUGCUGCCUGAUGGCCUUGCUCCAGCAUGUCACAAGAUGUUCAUCACUGUCAAGGAUGUUGCCCGCUUGAAUCCAGUCCCCAAGGACCCAGGAGAAACCCAGCAGCGGAAGCUCCUGACAGGCAAGACUGGAACACGUACAGGGCGGAAGUUGCUUCCCAAGAGCGAGGAAGCCACAAUAACAGAAGAGGAGUACAGUGAACUGAAGGCGUUUCUGGUGUCCCAUUUCAAGUGUCCACCGCCACGUCCCACACUCCUCUAUCUGGGCAGCCAGUUGCAAAAGGAAACUGAAGGAGAGAAUACAUUAUCUCUGACUGAGUGGACGUUAUGGCAAAACCGUCUGCAGGACACACAAUUUGUUGAUCACUCGAGGCGCAGUGAGCACCUAGUGGAACUAAUCGAGUUCCUCCAACUACAGGAAACAUUGCCUGGAAAUGAGGACCAUUAUGGUGUUGAGAUGGAGAUGUAUCUGAAGCGUGAGGAUGUGCUGCAGCCAGGGGAGAAAGAUGACUCGGAACAGGGAGGGGGCAUCCUCAGGUUCUGUACCACAAGUGGGCAUCAGAAGCACCCAACAAGAGGGAAGCCGGCUGGGUUGACUGCCAGGAGGACAGUCGGGGGGACUGAGAUACUACCAGUCAUUGAGGACUGGGAAGGGGAGAGGGAGGAUAGUGAGGGGGAGCUGCCAGAGUGUCAUACCACUGGCAUGGUUGUACAGGGAGCAGACAAGCAAGAACAGUAUGUAAUCAAAAGUAUUUCUCCACAACAUGCUAAAGCAAAGAACAAUAACAAAAUUGAAUUCCAUAAAGAUAAAAUGAAGCAGGAUCUAAACAUUAAAAGAACAAAAAGCAAGAAAUUUGUGAGGGAAGGAAGCUUAAUCAAGCCUAUCAUGCUUGAUGAGGGUGACUUUGAAGAAGACGCUCCAGUUGCAGUGAUAGAUAUGAAACAAGACGAAGAUUCCUUACAUUGUGAUGAGUGGAGUAUGGAUUUAAAUCUUGGUCUAGAGAGGGAAAACUUACAUGUAACUCAUACAGAAUCUUUAGAUGUGAACAUCUCUGGAGAUCAACAAGUCAAUUCCUUUAUAUUACAGCAACCUACUGAUGUGGUUUCUCAGGGUAGUGUGUCCAAUUGCCCAUUAAAGCUAGGAACAUUCAUGAUUAGAACAGCCCCACCCUUGCAGGUGGUUGACAUGGUAUUCAGUGAUCUGAGAAAUGAGGCUGUGUUACCUACGUUAGAUCUUAAACAGCUUGUUUGCGAGUGGUAUGAGGAAAGUUAUGGACCAGCUGGGCUGGUGUAUGUGACUUCCCGGGAGAAGCAACAUGAAAUUACUUUUGGCACAAAUCAAGAAAAGGCCAGACUUUGUGAAGGUAGUGCACUGUGCAGUAGUUUGAGUGCUACCACGGGUGACAGGGCAAAUGUGUUGCAGUCUGCUAAUCAGGGCAUUGCAGGUAUCAGUGACCAAUCCGGUCCAGACUCAGAUAUACAUACAUUCACUUGGAUGAAACCAGCACCAUCAGUGCCUGAAAGCGACACAGCAAAGAAAAAUCUGUCAGUGUUAAAUCUAAAUAUUAUGAAAAACAUACCCUCUGGUACUGAAACCUUUCCUUCACAAGGACCAGAAAAAACAAUUCUUGCAACAUGUGAUAAAGCUUGUGGUGACAUCAUAGACCUUGGUGUAAGUAUGAACAGAAGUGUACAUUUCAGGGAGAGUAUUAUGGAAAUUGAUGACCAUAGGAUUAUCAGAAGUGAUAAGCCUAACAAACAGGAGCAAGACAUGAACAGUUUACAUAAUAUGUACACUGAUUGUACAUCAAAAGAAACUGGGUCACAACAUUCAUAUUUUGAAGAUGACAUAAUGAACAACAAGUACCCAGAUGUUUCCACACCCCAAAUAUUACAUAUAGCCAGAUCCCCUCACCCAGAGGUUCUCACUUUCACCCAGGCCCUGCUGUGUGUGCAGAGUAGUGAGGAACACCCACAGGACCAAGGGCAGCUUGUGGUGGAAGACUUCGAACAGGAAGAACACCCACAGGACCAAGGGCAGCUUGUGGUGGAAGACUUCGAACAGGAAGAACACCCACAGGACCAAGGGCAGCUUGUGGUGGAAGACUUCGAACAGGAAGAACACCCACAGGACCAAGGGCAGCUUGUGGUGGAAGACUUCGAACAGGAAGAACACCCACAGGACCAAGGGCAGCUUGUGGUGGAAGACUUCGAACAGGAAGAACACCCACAGGACCAAGGGCAGCUUGUGGUGGAAGACUUCGAACAGGAAGAACACCCACAGGACCAAGGGCAGCUUGUGGUGGAAGACUUCGAACAGGAAGAACACCCACAGGACCAAGGGCAGCUUGUGGUGGAAGACUUCGAACAGGAAGAACACCCACAGGACCAAGGGCAGCUUGUGGUGGAAGACUUCGAACAGGAAGAACACCCACAGGACCAAGGGCAGCUUGUGGUGGAAGACUUCGAACAGGAGGAACACCCACAGGACCAAGGGCAGCUUGUGGUGGAAGACUUCGAACAGGAAGAACACCCACAGGACCAAGGGCAGCUUGUGGUGGAAGACUUCGAACAGGAAGAACACCCACAGGACCAAGGGCAGCUUGUGGUGGAAGACUUAAAACAGGAGACAGAUGAUAUUGAUCAUUUUAUGCCAAGCUUUAAUCUCUUUGAUGAUGCUACAGAUCAUGACGAUGGGUACCAGCAUGAACAGCAAACGUACCUAGGUUCUUCCUCAUCUGAUAUUGUGAAGCAUUCAUUCUCUGAGAUAAAGAUGAACCGAGAGCCUGUGACAUUUGUUGAAGGUUCACAUAUCGAGUCUGCUCCAGGAAUGGUGUAUAGUGAAAAGCAACAACAUUCAAAAGUUACUUAUGUGACGGCAGCUACUCAACCUCACUCAGAUGACAAUGGGUGCGAUUUUGACUUCCCACAUUUUGACCUUGAAUUUGACUUUGAUGAUGAUAUCAUACCGCCAUCCCCUAUGGCAGCUCAAACAUUUUCUCAGAUGUCCCUAAGUCGUUCUCAAAUUAACAUCACAAGUCGAAAAAAAUUAAACUUCAAGGAAACUGAUGAUUUAGUUUCAGGGGAGAGAGAUGAGGAUGUGACAACCAUGGUAUGUGGGGUUGUUGGGAAGACAUCAAAUGAGCCUCAGCAUAUGUCCUUGGACAAUCCACUGGCUGAUGAUCUAGGCACUGUAAACUUGACUAACAGUCCAGAAGCAGCUGCACUAACUGAGGAAAGAAAUAUACAUCAAACCUCUGCUUCAAAAGCUGACAUGAUAUCUUCCUCAGUUGUGUUUGUCAAGGCAGAUCGAGGAGAGGAUCUGACUCCCAUGCCUAGAGCCCCAUUCCUCUACAGUCCUUUGUCAAGCCAUGCCCGAAGCAGCACUCCUAAGGCUGGCGUGUCCAAGAUGUCCUCAUGCAUCUCAUAUCUGGCUAAAGUUGCUACCCCAGUAAUGAACAAAGUCUCCUCCAUGGUUAGGACUGCUAGUGGCGGUAUGCCUGACAGUCUACAUUCUACAUUGGCACAAACAAACCAGUUGUCUAAUAGUCCCAGCGCUUCCACACCCAGCGGUCCACAGGAAGCUUGUGGGGCUGAGCACACUGAAGUUGAGGAGGAGAGUUUCCGUUUAGUUAGGAAAAGGAAGGUGGCAGCCAUUCUGGAGGAUACUGGAGAUUCCUUCUCUUUCCAACAUGGACAGGAAAGUAGAGAUGUGAAGGUCCUGUCCUUCAAGACUCCAUCUCGGCCUGCUGCCAGAAAGAAGCAGAAGAUGAAGCAGUUAGAUUUCUCCAGUGAUGAGGAGAAUGAAUGUGGCCUCAGCUCCAGCUCCAGCAAGUCCUGGAGUAGAGCAUCUCAACCCCAUCAUAGCAGCAGUCAUACCAAUGAUGAGGAUGAUUUCCAGCUGAGCCAAGAUACUGGUGACAACAAAGUGGUGAAUGCAUCAAAGAAGAAAAGGAAAGAACGAAAAACAAUAAAGACAAGACAGGGCCAUUGCUUUCUGGAUGAGGAGGCCAUACUGUCUGGCAGUGAUGCAUCAUCCGAUGAGGACUGGGACAGCAAUGAUGAAUGUCUGGAGGCCAGUUUUGUUAAUGACGACACUCAGAUGUCUCAAGAUGAUGUUGAUAUACAUGCUGUCUACCUGAAGUCUGUGCGGAGCCCCAUUCAAAAUGAUGGGUUCCGCCUGCAAGCACGCCACUAUGAGAAAGAUGUUUUCUCCCAGGUCCCUGAGCAGGACAAUGAGUACGAGGAAGACAGCUUCUGUGUGGGAGAGGACUUCCAGGAAACAGAGCGUUAUGAUGAUGAACUUGAUCUAUUGGAUGACUUUGAAGAAUUUUAUCACUAUUCAAAACGGAAAAGUUCAAAACAGUCUAAACCAAAAAAAUGUAAAUAUAUUGUUGGAAAAUCUAGAAAGAGGAUACGUCAGAUAUCUGGGUCAUCCAGUGAAGAGGAAACUAGAGUAGCCACUUCUGUGCUGGAGAACACACAGGCUGACGGCCAUGGCUCUCACUUGCUUUGCAGUCAGAGAAAUAAACCUAUCCGCAAAAAGGUUGCAGCCAUUUUGUCCAGCAGUGAGGAGGAAAUAAGUCCAAAAUGUGUGGCGAAGUCAUUACAUCAUGCAUCUCACACAACCAGCCUUGGACAGGCAGGUAGGAGCAUCUCUCCACAACAGAAGACUAUGUCAGUGGUUGAUACUGACAUGCUACGACAGGAACGCCUUGCCAAGCAAAAACAGAAACAAGAGGAAUUCCGUCAGAAAAUGUCCAAGAAGAAUGGCAGAUAUGAGUAUAGGCUAGUGCCCAGAACAGAUGCUCCUAUCUCUGGCUCGGCAGUUGACACGUCAAGGCGGUUGUUAGACAUAAGUCGUGCAGACUAUGACUUUGCUUCUGACAAACUGAGUUCUGUUAUUCCAAAGCCACUGCCAAAUGAUUGUGGUUUAAAUGAGAAGAUAGUGAUACUAGUUGACUCAAGAGAAAUCAGUGGGGCACAGGAUAUAGUGUCAAACUUGAGAUUACAGCAUGGUGCAACAGUGCUAGCCAGACAGCUGGGUGCCUGUGACUACAUCAUCAGCAACAGAACUGCUGUUGAUCGCAGACAACUCUCAGAUUUCAGCAAUGGAGCCCACCGUGUAAAGUUGAUAGAUCGUAUCCAGCAGAUGAGGGAGCUGUAUGACAGGUGCUGCCUUGUUGUGGAGAAGGACAGAGUGAAGCCAGGCGAAGAGAAAUCAGCCAAGCCAAGUCACAGAACAAAGUACUAUGACUGGAUUCAAAGUGUUCUUGUUCAAACGAACGUUCGUCUUUUCUUCACUGAAAAUCAAGCGGAGACAGCAGCUCUCAUGGCCCAACUAGCUCAGCUGGAGAAAAAGAAGAAGAUGAAUAUAUCAGUACCAGUUGAUGUUGGGCAAACUCAAGAACAGGGACUGAAGUUCUAUACAUCUAUUCCUAACGUGAGCUAUGUUAAUGCACUAAACCUGUGCUACAACUACAGAUGCAUUUCCCACUUCUUGUCCAGCUGUACUCCACAGACCGUUAGUAUACGAGGAAAGAUGUCGGAGGUACGUGCUGCCGAAGUCUGCUGCUACCUGGCUCAUACUUUUGAUCUGCAGAUGCUGCCAACAGGGCGAUAAAACCAAGUCAAGUUCUCAUAUCAUGGUACAACGGAUGCUGCCACUAGAUGAUUAGGGCUGACAUGGUACAGCGGAUGCUGCCACUAAAUGAUAAGGGCUGACAUGGUACAACGGAUGCUGCCACUAAAUGAUAAGGGCUGACAUGGUACAACGGAUGCUGCCACUAAAUGAUAAGGGCUGACAUGGUACAACGGAUGCUGCCACUAAAUGAUAAGGGCUGACAUGGUACAACGGAUGCUGCCACUAGAUGAUAAGGGCUGACAUGGUACAACGGAUGCUGCCUCUAUAUGAUAAGGGCUGACAUGGUACAACGGAUGCUGCCACUAAAUGAUAAGGGCUGACAUGGUACAGCGGAUGCUGCCACUAAAUGAUAAGGGCUGACAUGGUACAACGGAUGCUGCCACUAAAUGAUAAGGGCUGACAUGGUACAGCGGAUGCUGCAACUAAAUGAUAAGGGCUGACAUGGUACAACGGAUGCUGCCACUAAAUGAUAAGGGCUGACAUGGUACAGGGGAUGCGGCCACUAAAUGAUAAGGGCUGACAUGGUACAGCGGAUGCUGCCACUAAAUGAUAAGGGCUGACAUGGUACAACGGAUGCUGCCACUAAAUGAUAAGGGCUGACAUGGUACAGCGGAUGCUGCCACUAUAUGAUAAGGGCUGACAUGGUACAACGGAUGCUGCCACUAAAUGAUAAGGGCUGACAUGGUACAGCGGAUGCUGCCACUAAAUGAUAAGGGCUGACAUGGUACAACGGAUGCUGCCACUAAAUGAUAAGGGCUGACAUGGUACAACGGAUGCUGCCACUAAAUGAUAAGGGCUGACAUGGUACAACGGAUGCUGCCUCUAGAUGAUAAGGGCUGACAUGGUACAAGGGAUGCUGCCACUAAAUUAUAAGGGCUGACAUGGUACAAUGGAUGCUGCCUCUAUAUGAUAAGGGCUGACAUGGUACAAUGGAUGCUGCCUCUAUAUGAUAAGGGCUGACAUGGUACAACGGAUGCUGCCACUAAAUGAUAAGGGCUGACAUGGAACAGCGGAUGCUGCCACUAAAUGAUAAGGGCUGACAUGGUACAACGGAUGCUGCACUCAGCAAUAUUCCAGUUAUAUGACAGCAGCCUGUUAAUAUAUCAAGUCUGGACCAGACAAUCCAAUGAUGAUAUUGUGAGCUAAGAUCCAUGUAACGACAUGCUAUCAACCAAGCCAUUGAACCAUUUGGUUGCAUCUUACAUCCAGCAUAGGUUGCUGGGGACCUGUUCUCACCGGCAAAUCUUAACAGGGUGCCUCUAGAUAAUAAGAGCCAAAGUCAUUGUACAAUGGAUGAUACUUCUAGAUGAUAGUGGAAAGUUAAGGUGGCCUGUUCAAUUUUGACUUCAACAUUUCAUAGGCAGCACUGCAUUUGGAGCAGACUCAUCUGCCAACUGAUACUGAAAGCCUACUAUACAUGGACUUCUCACAAGGACUAUCAUAUGAUGCAACUUUUAUGAUUUCUAAGAUGAACACAUUGGAAUUCAUGUGCAUAUAUCAACUGAUUUGGAUAGUGGUGGGAUUUGAUUAUUUGUAUCUAAUUGAUGAAUGACAAAUAAAUGUGCAAUAAAUAUUCCCA